AAUCUGGCCCAGCAGACUUAGGACAUCACCAGGAUACACAGGUGUGUUUCACAACAGCAGAACUACUGUAGCAGAAAAACUCAUGGAGAAGAAAGAAAAGGAGCUGAGAGAAGCCGCCGGGCGAGGUGAGGAGGACAGAGUUAAACAGCUCCUGGCCGAGGGAGUCAAGGUCAAUGCUGCCGACAACAGUGGAUGGACUGCUCUCCACCUUGCAUCCAGGCACGGCCACACAGGAACUGUACAGGCUUUACUCACAGCUGGAGCAACAAUCGACUCACCAACCAAUGGGGGAUGGACAGCUCUCCACUCCGCAGCAUUCAACGGCCACACAGGAACUGUACAGGCUUUACUCACAGCUGGAGCAACAGUCAACGCACGGGACAUCUUCAAUGAGACUCCCCUUCAUGAAGCAGCAAGGAGAGGACACCCCGAGUGUGUCAGAGUACUGCUGAGGGCUGGAGCCAACCCUGUUAUUAGGAACAGUCGCUGUGAUAAGGAGACAGCAGAAGAAGUUGCAGUACAAGAGGAUGUGCAGCAGGAGUUCCAGUUGUUUAAAGCUCUCCAACCUGAAAAGGUUGAUGGCUUGCUCACUAUCAACCUCCGUGACAAAGGACUGACUUCCGUGCCAGCAGAGGUGUUUGACAACAGAGACGUCGAAUGUCUUGUCCUGUCUGAGAACAGGCUGAAGAGCAUACCUGAGGAGAUAGGGCAACUACAGAAGCUUCGGAGGCUUGAACUUUACAACAACCUGCUGACACAACUGCCCCAGGCAAUCACCACUCUACCUAUAUAUAACCUACAGUACAUUGACUUGUCAGACAACAAGUUGGAGACAUUGCCUGAUGGAUUCUCCAGGUUAAAACAACUUAGGUAUCUCUACAUCCGGAAUAAUGUAUUCAAAGAGAUACCAGAAGAAGUCUCUUCACUUCUUCACCUUCAGAUCUUGCACAUGGGAGGCAACCCCCUCAAGUGUCUCCCUGACAAGAUAUCUCAGCUCACAGGACUGACAGAGCUUUAUAUCAGUAAUUGUCAGUUUGAUGAGUUCCCCAGACAGGUGCUGCAGCUGAAGGGUCUAAAGAUGCUAUACAUGGGGAACUGGGCUGGGGAUGGCAAACCUUCACUUGUACCUGAAGACAUCGGCAGACUGAAGAACCUACAAGUCUUAAAUCUGCAGGAGAGUGGCCUGGAGUCAUUACCGGAAGGUGUUGGGGAACUGGUACAGCUGAUUGAGUUAAACAUCUCUAACAACAGAUUCACAUCAGUUCCUGAACAAAUCAUGAACCUGUCCAACAUCAGGCAGCUCCACUUGUCAUAUAACAGUAUUUCCCGCCUUCCCCUGAUUCUGAGCCGAAUGGACAAACUGGAUGUCAUGGACAUCAAAGACAACCCCCUGACAUAUCCCCCUCCUGAUGUCUGUGAGAAAGGCACAGCUGCCAUCAUGGACUUCCUCAGAACAGAGCUAAAGAAAAAGGAAGAUAAAGAACUGAGAAAGCUCUUUUCCCGUUUCUCACAAAACGUGACUGAAACACACGAGGUGGAGGAUCUGGCCGGAGCACUUGGGCUUUCCGUAGAGGAGGUGAACAUUAUCCAAACUUCAAAGACCCAAAUGCCGAGAUCCCAGGCCUUUAAAGUCCUAUUGAAGUGGAUGGAGACAGACAGUGAAGCAUCCAUGGACAAACUUCCACAGGAGCUGAGGGAGUGUGGCAUGAACCAACUGGCAGAGAAGGCAGAUAGGAUCAAGGCCCAGCCAGUUAAGCGGCCGGCAGAUACAUCAGGCGGGCCACCAGCCAAGCGCCCGGCAGCCGGAGGGUCUUCUGGUGAGGGGCAUCAGGAGGACAAGCUGGCACAGCUACGAGUAGGCCAGAAGUCAAGGAGUCAAGAUGGAGCUGAGCAUCCUGUGGCCAAGUCUGUUCUGAUGGUUAACCAUGAGUAUGGUACAUUCCAUGGAGGUCCUUCUACUACAAACCAUCAGGUUGCAAAGUUUCUGCAACAGCGUGGUGCUACAGUUCAUGCUACAGCUCUGCAAGCAUCUGAAGAUGACAAGAAGUUUGCCAAAGAGGAUGGUGUCAUUCUGCAUCUGCCUGUCCGCCAUCCCAGGGACCCGAGGCCACCGUGUCCUGAAUGGUUGACUUUUGACCACAUCAUUCGUUACCCAGACAUACCACAGGAUCUGAAGUGCAUUGUGGGCCAUGCAGAUGUCACAAGUGAAGCUGCAAAGAGCAUACAAGAGAACCGCUGUCAACAUGCAAAAUUGAUCCUUUUCAACCACGACAUGCCGGAAGACACAGAGUACUACAAGGAAACUAAGAAGGUAAUGGCUGCAGGGAAGAAGAUGAAAGACAUCCUUGAGGAUGCCAAGAAUGCAGAUGCCGUGUUCUCCCUGGGAAGAAGAAUCUUCGACCACUUCGAGGCGAAGUACAAGUCACUUGGAGAAAACAAACCAAGAGAACACUUGAUGUUCCUUCCAAGGCCAUCCCCAGUGUUUGAAGCCAUCUCUGUUCAACCAGGGGGAGGAGAAAAAGUUGUGCUGUCUGUCGGGAGAGUGACCGAAGUGGACAAGCUGAAAGGCCGUGACGUCAUAGCACGGGCCAUGGGGGAGGUUGCAGAGAAGAUUACAAACGUCAGUUUGCGUGUUCGCGGGAUAGAUGAAAAUGACUAUGAAGCAAGCAAGAAAAUCCUUGAGGAGAAUCUGCGCAGUGGUAACAUCAAGCCCACACUACUGCCGUGUGGAACCCAGGAGGACAUUGCUCAGGACAUGCAGCAGGCCCACCUGGUCCUGAUGCCGUCCCGCGCCGAGCCGUUCGGACUGAUCGGUCUGGAGGCUAUCGCAGCAGGCAUCCCCGUACUCAUCUCUGACAAGUCCGGCCUGGCAGAUAUGAUCAAGGACUUGAUCAAGGAGAAGAAAUACCCUGCAGAAAUGAGGCACAGGAUCGUGAAAACAAGCGUGAGGGAGUCUGACCUGGGUGAAGAUGCAAGAGAAUGGGCAAAGAAGAUCACAGACACCUUGGAAUACUCUGAGGAAGAAUUCAAGAAAGCAGCAGAGUACAAGAAGAAGCUGUUGGAGUCCAAGUACUGGGAAGAAUCACACCAAAACCUGCUGAGGGUCUGUGGAUUGAACAAAGAAGAGUAAACAGUCCUCCCCAACAGGCAUCCUGGUCAGGCCAUGAAGCAAUGAUCAAGGCUUUAAUCAAUGACGAUAAGUGUCAUCUGGACAUGAGACACUAGACCGUAAUAAAACCAAUGUAAAGGAGUCUGACCAAGAUGACACGGAAAAGUUAUUGGUGGAGAAUAUCGUGGACAUGUUGAAUCACUCUAAUCACGAAUUCGACAAAGAAGAAGAGUACAAGAAGCUCUUGGAGUCUAAGUACUGGGAAUAAUCUCCACAAAACCUGCUGCCAUGUAUCAGAUUUUGUAUCACUGAUUUUGAUGCACAGACUUUUAAUGCCAUUUGUUGUGUGUGUGUGUGUGUGUGUGCCAAAAGUACACUGAUUUUUUGCAUUACUUGACAGUGGCCUUAUAUUUAAUUGCCUAGACAUCAUAGGUUUAUAUUGUGUAUAAACAUACAUUUGUCUAGUAUAAUAGAAUAUGUUCAGUACUGAAGACCAACUGCAUAGAUGGUUUAUUAAUAUCAUUUUGAUCUUUGACAAACAUGAAAUGCAACAUUUCUUACUCCUGACACAAUAAUCCUUAGCCAUGAUCAUGAGUUGAUACAGGUACAACACAAAAGAACAUUGACACAUUGCAAAAGAUGCAGAACAAAGCCAGACGUCUGGCUCGCGGCAAACCUGGGUGGGAAACUGUGGACACUAGACUACAACUAAACACACUGUGCACAUUUCAGAGGAUUCUUUCUACUAAGGAACCCAGUUCUUUGUACCGCAACCUUUCCUUUGUCUCAAACCACCAUAGUCACAGAACUCGUUAUGCUACUAGAUUAACUUUAGCUCUGGAAAAACCAAAAACGAAUGCAAAGAAAAAAAGCUUCAGAUACAGAAGUAUUUCCACAUGGAAUAACUAAUAACUUACCAUCAGACCUGCAGCACUUAAGAGCAAAGGACAGUUUUAAAUCAGGACUGGUUAAGUACUUCCAUGCAAGGUAGACGAAAUCAUUAUAACUCAAGUUAAAGCAUUUUAAUGUAAAAUAAGUUAUAAUUCUUUUAUUGAAUCUGUAAAGUUGAAUGUCUUUUUAAUGAUUGUAAAGCAUUAAGCAUGUGUAGGAUAAAAAUUAUGUAGAAGUCUAGUGGCGUAGAUUCUAAAUGUCAUUUUUAUAUGAUUGUGAAGUCUGUGACUCUGUAUUGUUUUGUCUUAUGUUCUUGGAAUCCAGGAAGACUAG